GUCGCGCCGAAAAAGUUUUUGACUUUGCCUUUGGGAGAAGUGAGACCUGCUGGAUGGCUUUGGGAUCAGCUACAAAUUCAAACCGAUGGCGUUGCAGGACAUAUGCACGAAUUUUAUGAGCUUGUAUCCAACUCGGAUUGGACCGGUGGCCAUUCUUACUAUUCCUACCUCGAAGAAGGCUUCUACUGGUUCAAUGCCAUGGUUCCAAAUGGCAUUCUCAUGAACAACUCCAUCAUUAAUGAGAAGACUCAAGAAUUUCUGGAUUACGUCCUGGAUCAUCAAGAUUCUACGGGAUGGUUGGGUCCGGAAGUAGGCACUGAUAAGCCGCGAUAUCUUUGGGGAAGGUACCCAUUCUUCUUCGGGGCUAUCCAGAUGGUUGAAUACAAGCCCGAACUCACAGAUAAAGUUGUCACGGCGUUACAUAGAUUCUUGAAACUCGCAAACAAGAUGUUACGCGACGGAGAAGGAGUAGAGAACUGGGCUGCUACGCGAUGGGAAGACUUUGUAAUGGUUUUGCAGUGGUUGUAUGAUUCGCAUCCCAGAGGCGAAGAAGAAAUACUUCUGGAUACGAUGAAGCGGCUCAAAUGGAGUGGGGUACCUUGGGAAAAAGUCUUUUCUAGAGAGUAUUUCCCUACUGGACCAGUCGAAAACCUCACAAAUCCGUUCGGGAUUGAGCUCUCAUGGCACGGCGUCAACAUGGCGGAAGGACUCAAAGCACUACCUGCUACCUACCGAUUUACUCAUAAUCAAUCUGGCGCUUGGGAUCUUAUGUUCAAAUAUCAUGGACGUCCGUCCGGGGCGUAUGCAGCAGACGAGAUGUUGGCUGGAUUAGAGGCUGUAAGAGGCACGGAGUUAUGUUUAGUGGUGGAAGCAAUGUUCUCUGGCUCGUAUCUCUAUCAGGUUAUCGGAGAUAUAAAGUAUGCUGAUAGGGUUGAACGGAUGGCAUAUAAUGCUCUACCUGCCACUAUAACUGCUGAUAUGUGGGGCCGUCAGUACCUGCAGCAACAGAACCAAGUCGCGGCAAAGAACAUGAGCCCGAAUCCAUUCCCAGAAGAUGGCCCUUACUCGAACGUCUUUGGUUUAGAGCCCAACUAUCCAUGUUGCACAGUCAACUUUCCUCAAGGAUGGCCAAAAUUUAUCACAAACGCUUUCCUCACUACACCUGAUCGGAACGGGUUGAUUCAGCUGUAUCUGGGACCUUUUGAAGUGCAAACCACUCUGUUUGGAGAUAAUCAAGUCACAGUCAAUGUCGACACUCUCUACCCAUUCGGCGACAUGUUAAACAUCACAAUUCUCGCUGUAAAACCAUUCACGUACUAUAUCCGUGUACCUAGCUGGGUCGUUGGUGGUUCUAUGUUGUUGGAUGAUGGACAGCAAAUGGAGCUUGCUCCUGAUAGCGGGACGGGGCUUAUGCAGAGAGUUGUUGGUGGGGGCAUAACAAACAUUGUGUUGUAUUAUCCAGCUGAGAUCACAAUUGAGAAACGCCUACAUUCAUCAGUCGCAGUUCAUCGAGGACCACUGAAUUAUGCUUUUGAUAUUCCUCGUUCUGAAAAAAUCAUCGCUCAGGACCCUCACGAACCUCACGCUAUUGAUUUACAAAUUGACCCCGUAGGAGACUGGGAGUACGCUAUCAAUACGGAUUCUGCGAAAAUGAUGUUCCACAACGAUGCGGAAAACACAGAGGUCGAAAUAAGAAGCAUCCCCACAUUCUCAGAAUCAUAUAAACUUCCUUCUCCGAUUUUCGACUCUGGAAAACCGCCUGUAAGCAUCAUCGUGCCUGCGUGUCCAAUCAAGUGGCCUUUGGCGGGAGACAUGUUUGUGGCGUCUCCUCCGGAGUAUCCAGAGUGUGUUGGAGAGGAAAGGAACAUAAAGCUGAUUCCGUUUGGGGCUACACGACUCAGAAUCAGCGAGUUCCCUGCAUCUGUAUUGGGCUUCAAUGAGCUUACGGGUACUAGUGACCUUUGGCAAGAGGUCUUGUCAGUAUAG